GCUUGCGUUUGCGUCCUCCAAACACUACCGUCGGGAUCAACAAAAUCGAAAGCCGAAGUGCUGAGGUAAAUCCUGAUGGAGAGGGUCUCUGAGCGCACUGUCAGUCAAUGGGGAUGAGGAGUAUCGAUUGGACGAUUGGGCUUGGAACCCUGCUUGGAACCUCGCGGCCAUUAUAUGCCACACAGGCAGCGCUUCAAUGUCGUGGCUCUGAUGCUCGUGUCUAGUGCUCACCUCUUCUCCUUACCAACAUCCAUCUCGAAUUCACAGUAUGUCUUGUUCUCCUUCUGAAUCUUCCACCACGCCACAAGCAGAGACGACACCCUUCGGUGCACGCCGCUCAACCGCCAAGACCGCCCAGGAGUACCCGGGCCAGGUAAGACUGAAGCCGCCCCUUACAGUUACUCCUCCUGAGUUCACCUAUCGUAACUCACGCUACGCAUCUGCAAUGCGUAAAGACAAAAAAUCAGAAUUAGAUCAGAAACACGGCUGUCUAUCGAUACCAAGAUUAGAGCUGUAUGCGAGACAAAAAGUGGCGUAAAAAAAGCAAAAAUUAAACUGCUCCGGUGAGGGUCGAACUCACGAUCUUCCGAUUGAAGUGUGGAUUGAAUAACAGUCGGACGCCGUAACCAACUUAGCCACAGAGCACUCGUUGAAACCAAAUUGUUUACCUGUCCUAUAUCGCUAACAAAGAAAAGUGAGGAUCGCGGUCGGGGCGGGGCGGGUCUACAGCGAGUAGCAUAUCAUUUGUGCGUGAUCAAGUACUUACCGAUACUCACGUGGAGAACACAUUGUCAAGUAGGGUUUCAGAUCGAGUGAUUGAUGUGUGAAUGCGAUCCGCCGCCUCUCUUCUCAGGCCACUCUUUCACCGGCCAGCGUCGCACGUCGCUACUGGAAGGCCCCGAUUUCCAACGUCAUAAAGCUGAUAGCAGAGCCCAAAUCAGGGUCACAUCCUCUUCUCCACAAGCACAGCUCGUUCUGCCUUUGGACGUUCCCCCAGGCGGUCGCAGAGACCGCUCUCCAAUUGGCAGGGACACAUGGCAGAGGCGGGAACAACAACGAAUAAACUCGGCGCACCGGCCUGUAGAUAUGCGACUGUACGUCAUAUUUGGUUCCUCAACUUGGCAAUGAGUCAGCAAACGGUCAGCGCGGUAGGCGGACAGAGGCAUGAGCUGAGGAGAACCAAACACCAGGCCACGCAGGCGACGGAGGGGUGGUGUUGUCAGCUUUCGUGCUAAAUGCCAGUCAGCUGCCCCAUUCGUAAGAGCUGCCAUUUUCCUGCAGACCCAGAAGCAGUCCAGUUUACGUAGGGCUUGAGAGCACUAGAAGCAUGACGUUGCCGCGCCCACACAACCCGGCGGAGAACGAAAGCGAACGAAAGCGACCAAGAAGCUCCCAGCCCACCUGACUGGGCGGUUCGUUGAUCGUAGGGUGGCAAACUGUGUGUAUCCCCUAAAAACGUUGUUCCAAAAUAUCGAGAGGAAGCCGGCAUUCCGGCAGGCUGAUAACCUAUAAACCCAAACGCUUCAUCUCCUUCUUUGCCACCCACCCUUUACAAGCGAUUAUGAGCUUCAUCCCACUCUUGACUACAGGACUCAAAGUCUUUGCUUGUUUCUGGGCGCUUAUCACCUUCUCGGUAGCGGCUGCCUUUGUUUCCAAAGCCAAUGAUUUCUUUGGAAGCAGCUAUGUACAGGCGACAAAGCUAACCGCUGGAAAUGCCAUUAUCGCUGCUGGUGUGCUCGCCUUCUUGUACUUGAUCGCAGUUCUGGUCUUGACAGUCGCAAGCCCCAACAACAUCUUCAUCUCCGUAAUGCUGGACGCCGUCUUCUUGGGUGGCCUGUUCAUCUUCUUCUUGGGAUCCGCCGCUGCGUUGUCCACUCUGGCGGCAUUGGCCCGCCGAUUUGAUAUGUAUACCUGGGCCAAAUUGGGCGAAGCUACACUUGGUCUUGCUUGGGUCAUGACGUUCUUGCUCUUGGGAAUCCUCGUGUUGGAAGUCGCCUACACCCUCACCCACUUUGGCGGCGGGUACGCCACCUGGCGAACGCCCUUCAAUCAGCUGGUGGCGUACGGCACCGGUGCGCAUACCAAACAUCACACGCCUGCAGCACCCAUGGCGACCGCCAGCCAUGCUCCUACGGCCACUACUGGCACCCACCCUCCUGGAUCCCACAUCUCACCGGGGGUCGGUACAAACGUCAACGAGCACAACUACGAGUUGGCACCUCCACAGCCGCGAGAGGCAGGGGUUACUCGUCUUGGUACAGUAAACCCGACGGCUGCGAACCGAGUGUGA